AUUUUAGGUUAUAAUUUUUGUAGUGGUGGUAGUCAUAUCUCUAAUAUAUUGAAAACAUUUUAAAUUAAAUCGGGAGGUGUAAACUUUUCCACUUCAGUAUUCUUUUAUGGUCAGAGUACCUUUGUUGUAAACAAUGUCUUGGUUAUUUGGAUAUAGUAGUCCACCCAAACCUCCGGCUGAUAUGCCUCCACCUUCAGAAGAUAAUACUCCUCAAAAUCUUACAAAAGCUGAGAAAAAGGCAAUGGAAGCAUACCGGUUUGAUUCAAGUGCAUUAGAAAGAGCCGCGCAAGCCGCUCGAGAACUAGAACGCUCAAGACAUUCAAAGGAUGCAUUAGAGCUUAGUAAACUUCAGGAAUCAACUCGACAGCAGGAACAAUUAGCUAAAAUUAAAGAGUAUGAAGCUGCAAUUGAGCAGGCCAAAGUGGAACAAAAAAGAAUUGACCAUGAAGAAAGACGAAAAACAUUACAGGAAGAAACAAAACAACACCAAGUCCGUGCUCAAUACCAAGACCAGUUGUCUAAGAAGCGUUAUGAGGAACAAUUGGCCCAGCAACAGAGGUCACAAGAGGAGAUUUUAAAAAAACAAGAAGAGAGUGUGGCGAAGCAAGAAGCACUGCGUCGAGCGACGAUAGAGCACGAGAUGGAGUUGCGAGAAAAGAACAAGCUCAAGGCGAUAGAGGCAGAAGCGAGGGCUAGGGCCAAAGCAGACAGGGAGAACCGAGAUAUUACACUCGAGCAGAUCCGUCUCAAAGCUGCCGAAAACAGGACCACCAUAUUGGAGAGCAUACAGACGGCAGGCAGCGUGAUCGGGACGGGCGUGAGUGCGCUGCUAACCGAUUGGCAGCGGACUGCCACCGCCGUGGGUGGUUUAUCUCUUCUCGCCUUAGGAGUGUAUUCGGCGCGAGGAGCCACGUCCGUCGCGGCUCGGUUUAUCGAGUCUCGGAUAGGGAAGCCGACCUUAGUGCGAGAGACGUCGCGUCUGUCCCUCUUGGACGCCGCGAGGCAUCCGAUCCGCACUGCGGCGGCCGCGGUGGCCAAGUUCAGAGCGCCGGCCGACGCUUUGGCCGGAGUGGUCCUGGCCCCGAGUUUGGAGCGGCGGCUGAGAGACGUCGCCAUCGCCGCGAAAAACACUCGCCGUAACCGCGGCCUCUACACCAAUCUGCUAAUGUACGGCCCGCCCGGAACCGGGAAGACGCUGUUCUCGAAGAAACUGGCGAAACAUUCCGGGAUGGAGUACGCCAUCAUGACCGGAGGAGACGUGGCUCCGAUGGGCAAAGACGCCGUGGCGGCCAUUCACAAAGUGUUCGACUGGGCCAACACCAGCCGGAAAGGCGUGCUGCUAUUCAUAGACGAGGCGGACGCGUUCCUACGCAAGCGUUCCACGGAGGCCCUUUCCGAGGAACUGAGGGCCGCUCUGAACGCCUUCCUCUACCGCACUUCGGCACAGAGCGGCAGAGUCAUGCUGGUCCUGGCUUCGAAUACGCCGCAUCACCUGGACUCGGCCGUACACGAUCGGAUCGACGCUCUACUGGAAUUCCCUCUGCCGACAUUGGAAGAGAGACAGCGUCUGCUUCGCUUGUACUUCGAUGCCUAUAUACUGCAACCGGCCGCCGAUAAACAAAGCCGCUUGAGCGUGGAUCGGUUCGAGUACGGCGAGCUGUGUGACGAAGUGGCGUCCCUCACGGGCGGUCUCUCCGGAAGGGCGUUGUCCAAACUGGGCGUAGCCUGGCAGGCUGCCGCUUACGCGUCGGAAGAUGGGCGACUGACGAGGCGCAUGUGCCUCGACAUUUGCCAUGGAGCAGUGCUGCAGUAUCGGCAGAAGAUGGAGUGGUUGUCGGCGGAAGAAAAAUCUCGCAGCAUGCUUCCGUACCUGAGGGAUUUGCCCCCUUUCGACCCCGCGGAGACGGAAGCACCGGAGACCUCCGAAACCCUGAAGGCUAAGGUACCCGAGGCCAAAAAAGUGGACCUCGAAAAGUGACCCCGGCGCACGAGCCGCGACGAAAGGACGUUUGAUUUCACCGUCUCGACCACCAAACACGCUGAACUCACGGACGAACAAAUGUCACGCCUAACGCAGUUGUCGCGUAAUGUCAAACGCCACUUUUAGACUCAAUUUGAAUACGCGAAUCGGAGUCCCGUGUCCGCCUUUUGACGCAUAUUCUAUUUGUUCCCUCGUAAGUGUCUCUAGGCGAAGGCCUAUUCCUCCGGCCUCCCGCAUUUAAUGUACGCAUUAAUCGUGUUCGCUACUUGAAGUCAGACAGACAUCCUUCAAUUCCUCUUUUACACUCCAACGCAUAUUGUUACAAAUUUUCUUAAGUUGUAGUUUUUUUUUAAGUUGUAGUUAGUAGUAAAUGUUACGUAUA